AUGGCGAGAUACUUUACCGAACAAGAUAUAAAUGAAUUUAGAGAAUGUUUUUACUUAUUUGCAAGAAGUGGGAAAAUAAAUACAUUAGAUGAAUUGACAGUUGUCAUGAGAUCCUUAGGGAUGAGUCCCACAAUUGGAGAGCUUAAUAAAUAUUUAAAAGACAAAGGUGGGAAAAUGUCAUUUGCCGAUUUUUUGGAUGUCAUGCAUGCUCAUAGUCAAGCAGAAGAUUUACCAAAAGAAGUUAUCGAUGCAUUUUUAGCAGGAGAUUUAGAUAAGAAAAAAACAAUAUCUGCAAGACAUUUAAAACAUUUACUUUUGUAUUGGGGUGAAAAAUUAAGUCAUAAAGAAGUGGAUCAAAUAUUUCGUGAAGCAAACAUUAAUAUAAAUGGUAUGGUUCGAUAUGAAGAUUUUGUUAAAAUCGUUUGUGCCCCUGUUCCAGAUUAUUACUGA